GACAAGAAAAAAAAAAGGAAUUGAGACAACCAAUGCGAGCAGCAAGAGCUCAAGCAAUGGCAGCGAGGUUCGUCUUCUCCCUCCUCGUCGUCGUCGUCGUGGCGGGGUGCUCCCACGCGGCGCUCGCCUCCUCUUCCGUGGUGGAGGCGACCUGCACGAAGGCGACGGCGAGCGGCAACCGCAGGGACCUGGCCCCGUUCUGCGUGGCGGCCCUGCAGGCCGCGCCGGGGAGCGGCCGCGCCGACGCGCGCGGGCUGGCCGUGAUCGCCACCAACCUGACGCUGGCGAACUACACGGCGGCGUACGCGACCAUCAAGGCGCUGCAGCGGCGCGGCGGCUGGUCGGAGCGCGAGCAGGCCGCGCUCGCCACGUGCCGGCAGCUGUACGUCGAGGCGCUCAACGUCGUGCACAGCGCCAUCCACGCGCUGAACGCGUCCCAGACGAAGGCGUACGUGGCGGACAUGGGCGUCGUCCAGAGCGCCGCCACCGGCUGCGACGACGCGUUCCGCGGCGACCGCCGGCGUGUAGGGAAGAGCGCCGCCGCCGAGUCGCCGCUGCGCAAGGUGGACGACGACGCCAUCAACCUGACCACCAUCGCCACGCUGAUCGUCAUCAUCCUGUAACCGAUCCGCUUUAGACUCAAGAAUGAACAAGAAUUCAUCGAAAUUUAGCGUGCGAAGAGGGAUGGCUGAUCCCUGCCGUUAAUUUCUGAAACCUGAGGAACGAGUCGAACACCACACGUCCACACCUGGUUGAUCUUGAUGCGAUGUAGCGCGCGUGGUGUCGUUCACGAGUGCACGCAACACGGGCAAUUGGGUCGAUCGAGUGCUGCGUUUUUUUUGCGGGAGAUCUUGUCAUCUUCUGGC